AUGGCUGCAGACAUGGUUGCCGCUAUGUUCAACUCCCCCAAUGCCCUCACCAUCCUCGCCUUCCUCCUCGCCGUCGCCGUCCUCGUCUCCUCCUCGAAGCGCGGCCGCAAUGCCGCCAGGCAUGGCGAGCUACGGCUGCCUCCGUCGCCGCCCGGCUUGCCGGUCGUCGACCACCUCCACCUGCUCGGGAGCCUGCCGCACCGGAGCCUGCGUGCGCUGGCCGUGUCCUACGGCCCGGUCCUGCACCUGCGGCUCGGGCGCGUGCCCACCGUGGUGGCGUGCUCCGCGGCCGCGGCGGAGGAGGCCAUGAGGACCCGCGACCUCGACUUCGCCAGCCGCCCCAGGCUCCUCAUGGUCGACCGCUUCUACUACGGCAUCGGCUUCACGCCCUACGGCGAGCACUGGCGCCAGGCGCGCCGCGUCGCGUCCCUGGGGCACGUCCGCGCGCAGGAGGCCGCCGCGCUCGUGGACCGGGUCCGCCGACACGCCGGCGACGUCGUGAACCUCAGUGACAACCUCAUCGUUUACUCUAACACGGUUAUCUCGCGAUGCACGUUUGGCGACACGGACUACGUGGUCGAAGGCGGCGGCGCGAGGCUGAGGAAGGUGUUCGCCGAGAUUGAGGAGCUGCUGGGCACGGUGCCCAUGGGAGAGACGGUGCCGUGGCUGCGUUGGGUGGACGUCGUCACGGGGCUGGAGAAGAAGACGAGGCGGGUCUUUGAGGACAUGGACGGAUUGCUGGAGCGGGUCAUCACCGACCACCGCCAGCGCCGCCGCGCGGCUGCGGCCACCGGGGAGGAGGGAGACUUCGUGGACGUGAUGCUGGACUCUACAGAAGAGCUGGACACGGGCAGCAUCAAGGGCAUCAUCCUGGACAUGCUGGCCGCCGCCACGGGCUCCACCUUCACGCUGCUGGAAUGGGCCAUGGCUGAGCUCGUCAACCACCCGCACGAGAUGCGCAAGCUACAGGACGAGGUCCGCGCGGCAGUCGGCCAGGGCGCCGGCGCCGCCGUGACGGAGGAGCAUCUCCCCCGCCUGCCCUACCUGAAGGCGGUGGUGAAGGAGGCCCUGCGCCUCCACCCGCCGAUGCCGCUGCUCCUGCCGCGGGAGACGGUGGAGGACACGCGGUUGCUGGGCUACGACUUGCCGGCGGGCACCCGGGUCCUGAUCCGAGCUGGCGGACAUGAGCGAGCUGCACGGCCUCUCCGGCGGACAUGA